GUUUUCUCACGUUAAGGGAUUAGUAUACACGACUGUUUUAUCUAUUUUUUCCAUACGACUUUUGAGUAUAGUUCUGAACAAGUGCAACCUUUAAUUAUUAUUAUUACAAUACAACGAACACAAAGAUGGAUUAUAAAGACAAAAUAUCAUAAAGUCAGUCAGCAAGGACAGGAGCACAUAUGGAGUGCCAUGGCAAGGAAAAGGAAGAAACGUUCCCCUGCUAUGAGCAUUCUAGCUUUUGUUACAGCAUUAGUUAUUGUUACAACAUUUAUAUAUUUACGUGGGAAGAAACACAAAGUUCAGGCAGUAUCUCAAUAUACGAAUACAAGCAUCUACUCAUAUCAAAAUGUUAACUUUCGUGACUCGCGUCGGACAUUGCUUAAGCAUUCCUUUCGAAAGAAAAGACUGGUAGAUGCUAUGUGGACAAUGAAACCUAAAAUACCAGAACGCUGGAAGUAUCCAGAAAACAAACAAAGUUUCGGUGCUAAUAUGCAAAACAAAAAUUCCGGUGAAAUAGUUGAAGACGAAACAAUAGAGGUCGAUUUAACACAGACCACGCCUUCUGACACUGACAGCGAAUUGACACCAUCAUCAUACUCAUCUCAAACCACACCUUCUGUAACAGAUGCCCCGACGACUCCGAUCACUACACAGUCAGAAACGACGCCCAUAUAUACUGAAUCACCAACAUCGCCCAUCACAACUGAAUCAAUAACUACACCCAUUGUCACAGAACCUGGCGAAAGAGAAAUAACAACAGAGUUGGAUCCAGAUAGUGAUCCUAAUGAUACUUUAUGGCUCUUACGUAACAGACGAGGAGUUGGCGCCACGCCCACUUCGCCUGAUCCAUUGACAACAUCGGUACAACCACCUGAGUGCGGAGAGGGUAUGGAUAACGACGAUUACUAUAUUGGACCAAACGGCGACUGUGAAUGUGGAUAUAAUAUGACUGGACCUUCUUGUUCAACGGAGGAUACUGAAGAAAACAUUAAUCAGAAAAAAAUGUCGUCUUUGCAAUAUGAGACACUCGCUGAUGGUGAGUUUACGAACGACCAGAGGGCAGACUUUCAAGCAGAGCUGGAGAAGCAUUACAGCGAUUUAGAAGGCUUUCAGCGCAUUUUUGUGAUGCCAAUGGUGUACGAUCCAGAGACAAAUAAAACAUCAUUGAGUUAUAUAAUAUUUUUUGACACACCAACCGACGCAGAGGACGCCGCAAAGUCAGCAAGUAAAACAUAUGACAUCGUUGGUCAUGUUCUACCGAUAAUGAUUGACAAUCAGCCAGUCACGUUUGGAGAAGAAGAUACAUACCUCAUACGACCGACCAUAAACGACAGCGUGGACCGUAUCCCCCUUGGCUCUCAGACGAAGGAAAAUGUUUGCUACAUAUAUGAACAGCUUCAAGCUUGUGACCACGGGGAAAACAGAGGAAAGUGUGUCAACAGAAAUGGCAUUCCAAUGUGCGAAUGCACUACACAAUAUGUGGGCGAAUUUUGUCAAGAAGUGGUUCAGUAUGCACCAGCAAGCACAGAGGAAGAAAUUUUGCCAGUUUUAUUACCUGCUCUUGCUGCUGUUGCCGCUGCGGUGGCACUGUGCUCUUGCUGUUUCUUCUGUUGUAGGAGGGUCAACAAAGGUGACGACGAAGCGUCGUCGUAUACAGAGACCUUGAUAGAAUCACCGCCACUUAUCCUGCCUCGAUACCAUCCGUUUGCCUUUAAGCAAUUUAUAGCUGGAGCGGAAGCUGAAGAGUAUAAUGCGGUGUACGUAGAUAGACCAGUUAUACAGCCUGUGAUAGUUGAAAGGACGAUUGUAAAAGAACGUCCAGUAAGGCAGGUCGUCCAAGAAGCUGUCGUGCCUGUCGUCCGGGAAGUUGUUGUCCCGGUAGUUCAGAAUGCUGUCGUGCCCGUGGUCCAAGAUGUACACGAUCGGGAAGAUGUUGGACGGCCGUACGUACGGGAAGAUCUCCGACCUUACGUUCUUGAAAAUGGAGGUGCUAUUUGGAACACUUCAUCAAACAGCGAUAGGAGCACAGAGAUUACAAGUCCGUCACUGAUCUUGCCUCGAUUCCACCCUACUCCAUUUAGACAGUUUAUACCUGGUUCGGAGGGAGAUGAAGAGGAGAUCAGGAGUAUGAAGUUUGCUUAACAGUAUAUCAAACACGGAAACUCUUCAGAUUCCGAUGAAAAUAGCUUCAAAAAGAACGCACCGAACAAUAUACAUCGAAAUGUAACCCAACCAGGAAAGAUAACAGCUCUAAUGUUAUUGUCUUCUUCUAACAUGUUUAUUUUGAUCUUUUAUUGGACAUUGUAAAUAAUUUGUUUCGAACACAUAUUCAUCUUGGGAAUUCAGUUAUUUGUUUCUUUAGUUUUGAAUGUGGUCUUUGGAUUUGUAUUUUGUAUGACUUUGGUUGUCUUUUAGUUUAUAACCUGUCUUUAAUUUGGUACGAAUGAUAACAUAGUAGACACUUUCGAACUAUUUCUCCGUGCAAGGAGAAGUAAAGAAGGGACAUAAAACAUAGUAUCCCUGUGAUUGUUUCAGUUCAUUUGUAAUCAACUGUAUGCAUACCAAGAAGAGAAACUGUAUGUUCUGUUUAUCCUUCUUCUUUUAUUAAAGUUUAAGCUCGGUGAUAUGUUCUCUCUUUUAAUUAUCAAUACCUUCUGCUAAAUCUCAUGUACAGUGGAUAGGAAAGGUCGACCGCAAAUAGGUUGCAAAUAUUAAUACUAAUCGUUUUGACGACCUGUCAGUUGAACAUAUCAAUAAAAUUACGUUUGUUUAAUAUUGCAUGAGUAUCUUUAUGCACAAAAUUUAUCUAUUAAACUUGUUACAAUAAAUAAUAAAAUUUAAAUUAAAAAUUC